GUCACAGUCGAAGGGGCAGAGCGGCGUCCCGCCGUCCUGCUGGUCCAUGCCCAGAUGGAAGUACUUGUACACCGGCAGGCCGUCGGCGGCGUACCGGUGCACCUGCGGGUUCUCCUGGCGGCCCGGCGGCGUCGGCGGCCGGCCCGCGCGCCACUUGUCGUCCUCUUUUCGCUCGGCCUCGGCGUCGCGCCGCGGCUUUUUCUUCGUCGGCUUCUCGGCUUUCGGUGGUCGUUUCUCUUUUUUGAGCGCGGCGAAGAUGUCGUCGACGCUCUCCUCGGCGGCGGCAGAUGCUGUGUCGGAUGACGACUGCGCGGCAGCGGCGGCGGCGGCCUCGGCCUUCCGUUUCUUGGCUUUCUUUUUGUCUUUCGCCAUGAUUGAGUGCGUGCGGCUGCCGGGUUACGCCGUCGGCGCCGCUCCCCUCGUUGUGCGCUCGCCCAAAAGGUGGCACAGCGCGUGCAGCCUUGCAAACUCCGUACGCGGUCGCCGGCGCGUUCUCGUUUUUUGCCACCUUGAACACGGCUGGAGUGAGCACUGCUGCACCGUAUCAGUGCGUGCAAAGAGGUCGUCUGCGUGGUGAACACAGCGUGUGCAAUGAGAGCCAGC